GGCGUGCGCCCGAAGCUUUGUGCAAACAAGUAUCUGCAACCGGUUUCCACUCGGUGCUCCACCAUAUCAACUCACCUCCUACCGAUUCCCCCUUUCCGGCACUACCGACAGCAAAGGGCGGCGAAAACUUCCCCGCUUCGACCGGGCAAAUCCAGGCGAUUUGACUUUGAUUUCAAAUGUCUUUUGAGAUCAGGAAGAACUUCGUUUGGUUUCUUCAGUGUGAUUUUUGGUUCAUAUUGUGGUGUUCUAAUCGAUUCCGGUGUUGGAAUUGACAAAUAUCCAGAGGUGUUGGCUCGGAACUGGAUUUAAACAAAUACAAUUGGUGUAUAUUUUGGCCUAAAGCUUCUUCCAGUUCUGAGUUGACAGAUUUAAGUCCUGUAAAGUUGAGAAUAAUUUCAACAAGUUCAGACAUCUUUCUUACUGCUUAGACAAACGAGAUUUUGAAUCCCUGUUUAGCAUUCUAUAAAAUAAAGCAUCCAACAGUGAUGGCUAAGCCUUUUCUCCCACCGGGCUUUCGGUUUCACCCUACUGAUGUUGAACUUGUUUGGUACUACUUGAAGAGAAAGGUAAUUGGAAAGUCAAUGCAGUUUGAGGCUAUUUCAGAAGUUGAACUGUACAAAUUUUCUCCGUGGGAACUUCCAGAAAAAUCUUGUUUGCAUACAAAGGAUUUGGAGUGGUACUUCUUUUGCCCUCGAGAUAGAAAAUAUCCUAAUGGCAUUCGAACAAAUCGUGCAACUGAUAUUGGAUAUUGGAAGGCUACUGGAAGAGAUAGAACUGUCAUGCACAACUCUUGUAUUGUUGGGAUGAAAAAGACACUUAUUUUUCAUGUGGGAAAGCCUCCUAAGGGAAAUAGGACAGAUUGGGUAAUGUAUGAGUACCGACUGGAGAGCAAAGAAUUGGCUGAUGCUGGAUACUCACAGAAUUCAUAUGUUCUUUGUAAAGUCUUCCAAAAAAGUGGUUCUGGCCCUAGAAUUGGGGAGCAGUAUGGUGCACCUUUCAAUGAGGAGGAUUGGGAGGACUCAAUUGACGGGCAUUCCUUUCUUCUUCCUUGUGUAAAUUGUUUGAGCCCAGAAUCACUAGACAACCAAUGUGGACUAUUGGAUCACAUUUCUGAGCAACCUGCGCCUUUUGGUGAGAUUGGGAUGCCCUCUGAUCCUGACCUUAGUGAAUUCGGUGGAAUAUUGCUGGAGGAAUUGGAACAGUUUCCCAGUGCAUGCCCGCUCAGAGAGGAUAUCUGUGGACAGAUUCUUGAUUCAGCCAUUCCUAUCAAUGAUAUUAAUUAUUCUUCUGAAGUGGACCAGGAUCAACUAUUUAAUGAAUUAGAAAUUCUCACUGCUGAAGCAUUGAUCCACGGCAACAUUGAUAAUGCUGAAAACAUUCCGUCUGAAAUUAUGUUGCAUUCUACAAUAACUGAACUGGAUACUGACCAAUAUGUGGAGCUGAAUGAUUUAUGUUUUAUUUGGGAUAGCAAUCCCCCUGAAUAUGUUGCACCACCUUCAUAGAGUUUGGAGGCUUCAACUACUGGACAAAGAGGGUGGUGUUUGGUUUGCCUUUACAGGGACCAGAUUCUGGUAGAAGUUGUACUUGUACAAGAUCUAUUCUUGAAAUAUUAUAGCGUUGCAACGAACCUGAAGAUUUGUCAUUCAUUGCUGAAAAUCCUGCCCAUACUGUUCUUGUGAACAUGUCAUAUAUUAUCUGUAGUUAAAUUAUGUGUUUGUGAAUCAUGCCUGGCUUGUACUACAUUGUAAAAGAUCCAUGUGAUGUACAUAUUAUUCAGUUCCUAAGCUGUUUUAAAAACUAGGAUGCGGUUGGUAUAUUUGUUGAUUGA